AUGGACAAUGUAAGAAGUGUAAAAGAUGGUGGAUCACAUAGGAGGAGUGGUCGAAGUCCUACUAAAAGAUUUGAUUUUCCUCUUCAAGUCAGAUCAAGUGCAGAAUUGACAAAGAAAGUGCUACAACAUGUUAAGAAAGAAAAAAUUGACAAGUUACAUGAGAUGCUACAGGGAAACAAUAGAGAAAGGGUUCAGAAAAUUAUAGAAGUUGUGGACAAAACACCAAAAAAAGGAACUCAACAAGAAAGAGUUCAAAAGGUUGAUCACAAUUUGGACAAAGAGACUAUUGCAAAGAAAAUGGAGAUAGACAAACUCUCGCAACCAAAAGUAAUGAAAGAUCAUGCACAUGGUGACAAAGAAGUUGUACAAGAAACACCAAAGAAAAGAACUCAAGUGAAAGCUACAGCGAAUAGAGAAAGAAUUCAAAAGGUUGAUGGAAAAUUGGACAACCACAUUGCUAUGAAGAAAUCAGAGAGACCUAAGCUUUUGCAACCACAAGCUAAGGAAGUUCUUGUACAUGGAAACAAAGAAGUUUCACAAGGAAUGCUGAAAAAAAGAAUUCAUGAGAAUCUACUAGAGAACAAUAGAGAUAAAAUUCAAAAGGUGGAAAAACCAGUUGCAAGGAGAAUACUUAUUUCUUCCAAAAAUAAGAAACCAGAGAAAUCUACUCUAUCUUUGGACACAAUGAUGUCAAAAGCUGAAUGCUCUCAAAAGCUAAACAGGGUGCCAAAAUGCCCAUUAAUGUUGAUUGAUGAUUAUGUAGAUCUUCACAAGUCAAAGGAAAUGGAUGCAACCAAGUCAAACAAUGGUCAAAAACCGGGCAACAGCGUUAACCGUAGCUCUAAUCAAAAUCAAUCAAAAAAAGGAACUCGACAAGAAAGUGUUCAAAAUCGGGCAAAAGUCAACGAAGAAGAUGCAAUCACAAAUAGAGAAGAAGAAAAAGAAACAUCCCAAAGAAAAACUCGUGGGAAAACUUUGUGCAAAAAGAUUCAUGCAAGAACUUUGGAAGAGCGAGUAGAAGUGACCUUUAAUGAGGAUUUUCAGCCAAUUGGUCCUAGUGAAAAAGUAGUAUCUGACUUGAGCCUCUUCUUGGGAACAUUGGCUAGGAACUCAACAUUUUGUCCUCUACGUUACACCAAUUGGUCAGGAAUGCCAGAUGAUAAUAAAAAUUGUUUCUGGAGAUAUACUAAUCGGAAGUUUAUCUUGCCGGUUGAAGCACGAGAUUGGAUUGAGACCACUGUUAGAGAGGCAUGGAGAAGAUAUAAGCACAAAAUUAAGAAGAAUCAUUUUUUGAAGUAUUCCAACAUGACCGAGAGACUAAAAAAUCGUCCGCCAAACGUGCCAAUAGCCCAGUUUAAGAGUCUUUGUGCUUAUUGGAGUAAGGAAACUAUACAAGCAAUCAGUGAAAAUAACACUAGAAAUAGAGCUCAACUAAAGUGGAUGCAUCGAAUGGGUCCCAAAAACUUUGCUUUGACUCGUGAAAAAGUGGCAACUUUCUUUUGUUCUCAAUAA